GGUGGCAAAUUCCAUUCGAAGAGUGUUCAUCGCAGAAGUCCCCAUCAUAGCCAUCGACUGGGUCCAGAUAGACGCCAACUCCUCGGUGCUCCACGAUGAAUUCAUUGCGCACCGCCUGGGUCUCAUCCCGCUCACCAGCGAUGACAUUGUGGAUAAGAUGCAGUAUUCCAGAGACUGCACGUGUGAUGAGUUUUGUCCAGAGUGCUCUGUGGAGUUCACCCUUGACGUCCGGUGCAAUGAAGACCAGACUCGUCACGUCACAUCCCGCGAUCUCAUCUCCAACAACCCCCGGGUCAUACCGGUAACAUCUCGGAGCAGGGACAACGACCCCAAUGACUACGUGGAGCAGGACGACAUCCUCAUUGUGAAGCUGCGGAAGGGCCAGGAGCUGAGGCUGCGAGCCUAUGCCAAGAAGGGCUUUGGCAAGGAGCACGCCAAGUGGAACCCCACGGCAGGUGUUGCCUUCGAGUAUGACCCAGACAACGCGCUAAGGCACACAGUGUACCCCAAACCGGAGGAGUGGCCCAAGAGUGAGUACUCGGAGAUCGACGAGGAGGAUGCUCAGGCUCCCUACGACCCCAACGGGAAGCCAGAGAGGUUUUAUUACAACGUGGAGUCCUGUGGUUCUCUGCGCCCGGAAACCAUCGUUCUCUCCGCGCUGUCCGGCCUGAAGAAGAAACUGAGCGACCUCCAGACCCAGCUGAGCCACGAGAUUCAGAGCGAUGUCCUCACUAUAAACUGA